AGGAGAGGCGUCACCCGACCGAGCCGCCUCGCCUUUCCUACCCGAACGCUGGUCUGGUCGCAGCCAGGUUCUGUGGGAGCGGGGCAGAAGGGAGGCGAGGGAUUUGGGGUCCCCCCAGGGCCCGCCCCGCCGUGAGAUGGGGUGAUAAGGCCCCUUCCCCCAAACUGUGGGCGGACCGACGAAGGCGCCUCCUCACCCCCCUCACUUGGCAGCGCCCGGCCCACUGGGCGCGGCCCCCUUGUAAUUUGGGGGUGGUCUCUCGGCCUGCCUUUCAGCUUCCUCCGUUCGCAAAGCCAGUCAAGUGCGCAUGCGCGGAAGCUAGCGUUAACUACUUCCAAGCUCGCUCCCCCGCUUGUGCGCGCGAGAAGAAACGGGGGCUUGAGAGAGGCUGGGCUUAAAUCUAAGAGGUCGCGUGGCUCCCUCGCGCCGCUAGUCGGUUUGUUUUGCGACGCCGUCGCUGUUUUACGGCCCCGUGGUUGCUAUGGUAACGGAAGGGCGCCUAGUCUAGAAGAACAGGCUGUUGUGGCGUCGGGGGCCCCCGUUGGGGAGCCCGUGACACGGCUCAGCCUCAGCCACCGCCAUAGGGGGGCCGGCGAGAGUCACCCCGCGCCUCAGAGUAGGUGUAUGGCCUGCACGCAUGGCGUACACAGGGCUAGAACAUCAGGCCUCGGGCCUCCCUUGGUGGCCCCCGCUCUGUGGAGAGGAGACCCCUGCGACGACCGCCUGAUGAUGCCUGUAUGCGCAGUAUGGUGAUGCUGCUGAUGUCCCAGUGUAACAGUGACUGGACCUUGCACUGACAUGGCCUGUCCCCUCUGCGUUCGUUAUUUGCGUGCUGCCGUAAACAUACCCUGUGAUAAGUAGGGAAAGGCAGUGCCUGAUUCCCAGAGCCUGGCACAGGGUGGUACUAUGCAAAGAAGAUGUUAAAAGUCUGGGGGGAGAGGAGACGUCUGGUCUGGGAACGUUACUAUUGGGAAAUGGCAGAAGCAGUUUUCCAUGCCCCAAGAAGGAAAAGAAGAGUGUUUGAGUCAUAUGAUUCGCCAUUCCCUAUUCCUGCCUCCCAGGAAGACAUCUGUGGGAAGGAUUUCAAGAUAUACCAGGCUGAAGUUAUUAACAACAAUGUAAUUGUGAGGAACCCCGAAGACAUAGAACAGCUGUAUAGCAAGGGCUAUUUUGGAAAAGGUAUUCUUUCGAGAAGCAGACCAGAAUACAAUAUUUCAGACCCUUUAUUGGUUGCUAAGUGGCAAGAUGUCAAGAUAAACAUGCCCAUACUCUCAUCAAAAAAGUACCAGUGUCAUCUAGAGUGGGCUAAAAGCCUAAUGCAAGAACAAGGACUUGAUGACUGCUCCGUUAACAAAAUUCUUGAAAAUUAUACUAAGCCAUUUGAUCUGCCUUUUAUGAAAGGGGAAGGAGAAGUUGCACAAAAUGAUGACUCUUACUGCAGAAUGGCUGCAGAAAUGGAAAAUGUAGCAGAUGGAAUGAAACUUUCAAGAGAUUCUGCCAUAAAUAAUGGAGAUUCAGCAGCAUCAAAUGUUAAAUGUCAUAACAUGAGUGUAGACUGCAAGAAAGCUUGUUUGGAAGGUGAUUCAGCUUACGAUGAUCCAUCGGCCAACUAUGGCUCUGAGGAACUGUAUACAUUGGAUACUAAAGCUAUAGUUGAAGUACAUUGCCAAAAACAUGAUGAUUUUAUUGUGCACUGUGGCUGCAAGGCCAAAGACUAUACUAACCAAGUAUUUCAUGACUUCGCCAAAGGGAAAGAAUAUGCUUAUGAGUAUGUAUUGGUGCAGGAAGAAGAAAGCAAAUUGUGUCAUGAAGAUGAAGCAGCAAAUGAUGAAUCAAAUUUAAUCAAAAGGGAAAAAUUAGUAUGCAGAAGAAAUCCAUUUAGGAUUUUUGAAUAUUUGCAACUCAGUCUGGAGGAGGCAUUUUUCUUGGUCUAUGCUCUAGGAUGUUUGACUAUUUAUUAUAAUGAGGAACCUUUAACUAUUUUGAAGCUAUGGGAAGUUUUUAGUGAAGUGCAACCUAAUUUUAGAACUACAUACAUGGCAUAUCACUACUUCCGAAGUAAAGGAUGGGUCCCCAAAGUAGGACUGAAGUAUGGAACCGAUCUCUUGCUAUAUCGAAAAGGUCCCCCCUUUUACCAUGCAAGUUACUCGGUCAUUGCUGAACUGGUUAAUGAUAACUUUGUAGGGUCACUGCGCAGACCGCUCAACUGGAUGUCUUUGUCUGGCUUGAACAGAACAACAAUGAAUGUUUCUAAGGAACUUAUGUUAUGCUACUUGAUUAGACCGUGUGAUAUGACUGAGAAAGAAAUGUCAUCUCCAGACUGUCUAAAAAGAAUUAAAGUUCAAGAACUGAUUGUAAAUCGUUGGGUCUCUUCCCGGGAGCGCAGUGAACAAGAUGAACUAUAAUAAGAUGGACCAAGAAAUCAGUGUUAAAGGAGCAAAUAUUAUAAGCAAAUUAGGUUGAGAAAAAUCUAAUCUUUACAUGGCUGAGUUGAGCCAUAUUCCUGUUUAAAAUAUUCUGAAUGCAUGUGUGAAUGCUGUUUAAAAUUGUACUGAACAUGGAGUAUGGUGUGUACUAUCAGAGAAGGUUGUAGCGAAAAAACAAAAUGGAUAACUGUAUUUGUCCAUGUGAAAAAAAAUUAAAGUAAUCUCUUCCCAAUCCAGCAUACAUUUGUAUUCCUAUAGAACUUCUAAAAGUGUUGCUAGCAAAACUAACUGCACUGCAUUGAUUGCUAACAGUAUAAUAUGUAACAAAUCCACACGCAUCUAGGACUUCACACUGAUUACUAGACUGCAUGCUAUGGCCAUUUGGUGCCUCACAGCCACUACAUAAACUCUUCUGUCCCUGCUCUGAAAGCACAAGCCUUUGCUGAUCGAACUAAAUCUUUGUUAGCAGCGUUACCAGGGAGAGGAAGGAUCGCCCACUAGUUUAGGAUUUGGGAGACUAGGAUUCAGGUCCCAGACUUCCUGUGUGAUCUUAAGCAUGUCAUGUAGUCUCACUGUGCCUCAGUAAAAUGAGAAUAAUAACACUUCCCAACUCCAAAGAGGUGUUGUGGAGAUAACUACAGUGAAGACUGAGACAGAUACUAUUUUAAUAGGGCAGCCAAAUAAGUACCUUAUAUAAACAGCAUAGGGCCUAUGUGACACAAAGCAAGCAGUUCUGAUUACGUCAAAUAGAGGGAAGGGGAGAGAGAUGAUACCCAAGUUCAUUGGUAUGGUUGGUAAUCUAAAAUCUAGUUUAACUUUGACUUAGGUUGAAAUUUCUCAAAGCACAGCUGAAAUUCCAAUUAUUGCUGUAUUUAACAUAAAUAAAACUGAAUGCUGGGCAGCCUGCUACUUUUACGCUUGUCACUGUGAUUUGGCAUUAAAAGUAUUCCAUAAUAUGAAAUGUCAUGAAGGUAAGUUAUCAAGUGUCCCCUUUGGUAGCACUUCAGGUGUCAUUAGUCAUAGAAGAUAACCUGGUUAGCCAAUUGAACUGGUUUUAGUGGAUGUUGCUUUACACACUGUGACCUAUUCUUUUCUACACUGUUUCCAUUCAGCACAGCAGGGGCUCCUUGAUUCUUUGGCCAGUUCUACCCUGAGCUCAGCAGAAGCAAGAGUUGAUCUAAACUCUGCCAGCUGGUAAUGGUCCUCAAGGAAUCAUCUGCCAGCAAGGGAUAGUCAACACAGUGUAAUCCAGCCAUAUCUUCUUCUGUUUCAGCAAUGUAGCAAUAUAAAGCACCAUUUCAUUGUAGAUUACACUAUGUAUAAAAUUGAAAAAAGGGAAAAAUAUUCUUAUGUUUGUGUUUUCCCUCUGUAGCGUCUGUACUGUAAUUGGAAAUGUUGUGGCUGGAUAAUGGCUUCUCUCUCUUCAAGCUGAAUGUCAAGGUAUUUAUAGAAAGCAGAUAUCAAGGUAUUUUUUUUCAAAGAGCAGACCAUACUUAAUAUUUUCAAUGCUAUUGCACCAAAUUAUUUCCUUUAGAAGUGCAUAACCAGGGAGACCAAAACUUGCCAUAUAUUUUCAUUCACAAAGUGUAUUCCGAUUGGUAAAAGCACAGAAGGUCCUUGUUCUGAGCCAAUCAGAAAUUCACCCUUGAGCAGAAACACAUCUCAAGGCCCAGCACUAUUUAAGUUCCAUUUGAAUUCUCAAAAUAUGGAUUAAGUAGUACAGAGGGGGUUUGUGCUUACCCUGUGAACAGGGGUGAAUUUCACCCUAAUGAGAACUUCUCUUGCAGUGUUCUUAUUUUUCAUUUUUGGAGUGCUUGAUGUUAAAUUCAAUUUUAAAAUAUAGUAAACAAUGGCAGAAGGCAUUUAUGACAUUAAGAAAUAAAUGGAACUGUGUGGUGUAAGAAGUUAAA